AUGGCCGACCCGAUCUCUGUUCUAGGCCUGAUACUACAGGUAGUCCAUACUGCGAAAAGAGUAUAUGACUUUGCAAAGCAAGUCAACAAUGCCGACAGCGAGAUCCGCGAGUUAUUCGGGGAGCUGUUCGCUCUGAAAGCGAUUGUCGAACAGAUUCAGACAGACCACAUCGAGGAAAAGGGUGCUAAAGGAGUGCCAUCGCCGUUCCGAGAUGCGUUGUUCAACGCCAACACCGUCUUGGAGGAAAUUCUGAAUGAUCUGCAGAGAAGAACCAUGCGGCAGUCGCGGUUGGCGAAGUUGGGGUGGCCGGGUAGGAAGGGGGGUCUGGAGGGGCAUAUUGCCCAGCUCGAGAGGCUAAAGACGUAUUUUAUUUUGGUGAUUUUGAAUGAUAGAUCGGUUGUCGAGAAGGAGACGGCCCAUUCUAUUGAUGCGGUUGUCGACUGGAGCAGGGAAAUGAGGCAACUACGGGAAGAGAAAACGCACCAGAAGAUCAAAACAUGGAUAUGCCCUGUUGACUUCGAUUCGAUGCAUCGCAAGGCUCGGUCGCUCUGUCAGCCUGGUACUGGAGCGUGGUUUAUCCACGGACCCUUCAAGUCAUGGAUUGCGACGAAGAGCAAGUGCCGAUUGCUUUAUCUAGAGGGAAAAUCGGGAUCAGGAAAGACUGUUUUAUGCUCGACGGCAAUAGAAGCCGUCAAAGAUGCUAUCGCCACCCGUACCUCCGGCCAAGUGAUUUACUACUAUUGCUCAUUCCACUUGAAUUCGUCGCAGGAGCUGGUCUACCUGCUAGGAGCAUUGCUGGUGCAGCUAUCUGAGACCUGUCCAGACAUCCUCGCCGAAUUGCAAACAUUCAAAAAACGCACCCUUCCUCUACCAGACGUACUGAUACAAAUGCUUCUAAAAUACACAGGUGCGCUGUCAGAAUUGUUCAUCGUGGUGGAUGCGAUCAAUGAGAGCAGUGAGAGUGCAAAGGUUUUCGAUGCAUUACUCACCCUCCUGGAGUCAUCGGAUAACAUUCGCAUUAUGGUCACAAGCACCACUUCGCCCCCGGUGUCAAAUCCCGCCAUUAGUAUCCUCAGAUCGCAAAUGAGACCUUCCACAAAUAGAAUUGACAUUGAGGCAUUUCUCGAUACUCAGCUGCAGUCCGUCCCGGCUCUUCAACGACUACCGGAAUACAUCAAAUCCCGCAUCAAGAAAGUCUUGCUUGAGAAAGCAAAUGGAAUGUUUCGAUACGUGCAAUGUCAGAUCGACCUUUUAAGUGCUCAGAAAACAGGCCGGGACGUUAUUCGCGCUCUGGACAGCAUGCCGGAAAGCCUGCACGGCACCUACGAAACUAUACUAUGUCGGAUUCCUUCGUAUGACCGGGAAAUUGCAAGGGAGACCCUACUAUGGCUUGGUUCAGGUUACCAGGAGAUCACUUUGUCCGAGCUGAGCGAGGCACUCAUCUUGACGAAAGGGGAUAAAACCAUUGACGAUGACUGUAGACUGUUCGAUCCACUUGUAAUUCUCUCGAUCUGCCAAGGGCUAAUUGUCUACGACGAGUUUACUACAUUUGUUGCUCUAGCGCAUUCGUCAGUCAAAGCUUUCCUCACAUCAGACGCAAUCAAAGACGGUCCGGCAGCGUACUACAGCUUGGAUGAGACCGAGGGAUCACGGCGCAUCUGGCAGAAAUGCUUGACGUAUCUGAUGCUCGACGAGUUCAAACAACCCUGCUCGAACUUCCGCACUCUCGAAAGGCGUCAGGAAACGUACCCGCUGCUCAAGUAUGCUUCUGAGAACUGGGCGAGCCACUGCAGUCCCUCAUGGCCGUCAGGCUAUCCUCUCCUCGACGUGGAAAUUGACGAGAUCCUCUCUUUCUUCGAUACCCGCCACCUUCCUGGCGGUGGGAACUAUACGUCCUGGAUCCAGGUCCUCCUGUAUGAAGCGCCAUCUGAACAAGCCCGCCUCACGGAGCCACUAUACUACGCUGCCUCGUACGGCAUCGUACCCCUGGUGGACCGACUCAUCCGGUCCGGAGCGAACGUCAACGCAGCUGGCGGGCGUAACAACGCAACUCCUCUCAUCGUCGCCUGUUACAGAGGGCAAACAGCUACCGUUCGGGUAUUAUUAGAAGCGGGCGCAGACCCGACCAUUCAGGAUGCAAUGGAGAUGGGCAGCCUGGAAUGGGCAAUCAAGAGGCAAAAUCGUGCUAUUGUUGAGAACCUACUUCCGUACAUGUCUAAGUCCUUGGGCAUGGAAUCAUUGGGUCUAUACUGGCAGUGCCGGGCUUGCAAGUACCAGAACCCAAUGGAGUCUGCUGUGCUGCCGUGCGCUUCUUGUGGGAUUGAUUUAUUUGAUCAGCAUGGUAUGAGAAGCUCCGGGAGCUCGACGCCACGAAAGGGUAGGGUUUGGUCGCGCAUUGGUCAUAUCACCGGCAAAUCACGAGGUCAACAGGUGUCCUCUGAGUCUCCAGCUUGA